AUAACAAUAUCCUCUUUCUCUGACAGUGAUCGAAGCCGAAGUUGAGGAGGAGGCAUCUAGGGUUUCUGGUCGGAAGCCGAAGAGGAGAGUGAAUCACCGAUGGGUACGAGCAGCGAUCCGAUCCAAGACGGCUCCGAUGAGCAGCAGAAACGAUCGGAAAUCUACACCUAUGAAGCGCCAUGGCACAUCUACGCCAUGAACUGGAGUGUCCGUCGCGACAAGAAGUACCGUCUCGCCAUUGCAAGCCUCCUCGAGCAGUACCCAAACCGCGUCGAGAUUGUGCAGCUGGAUGACUCCAAUGGCGAGAUCCGAUCUGACCCGAAUCUCUGCUUCGAACACCCUUAUCCUCCGACAAAGACCAUCUUCAUCCCCGACAAGGAAUGCCAAAGGCCCGACCUUCUCGCCACUUCCAGCGAUUUCCUCCGUCUAUGGCGAAUCGCCGACGACCACUCUCGCGUCGAGCUCAAGUCUCUUCUCAAUAGCAACAAGAACAGCGAGUUCUGUGGUCCGCUCACGUCGUUCGACUGGAACGAGGCUGAGCCACGGCGAAUCGGGACAUCAAGCAUCGACACGACUUGCACGAUCUGGGACAUUGAGCGGGAAGCUGUUGAUACUCAGCUUAUCGCCCACGACAAGGAGGUCUACGACAUUGCCUGGGGCGGUGUCGGCGUCUUCGCCUCCGUCUCUGCAGAUGGGUCGGUCCGAGUCUUCGACCUCCGGGAUAAGGAGCACUCCACGAUAAUCUACGAGAGCUCUGAGCCCGAUACACCAUUGGUGCGGCUUGGCUGGAACAAGCAGGACCCAAGGUACAUGGCCACCAUUAUCAUGGACAGUGCCAAAGUCGUGGUGCUUGAUAUUCGCUUCCCGGCUCUUCCUGUCGUGGAACUGCAGCGCCACCAAGCCAGUGUCAAUGCCAUUGCUUGGGCUCCUCAUAGCUCAUGUCACAUUUGCACGGCGGGAGACGAUUCACAGGCCUUGAUUUGGGAUAUCUCUUCUAUGGGACAGCCUGUGGAAGGUGGUCUUGACCCGAUACUUGCUUACACUGCGGGCGCCGAGAUUGAGCAGCUGCAAUGGUCGUCAUCCCAGCCUGACUGGGUCGCCAUUGCCUUCUCCACCAAGCUGCAGAUUCUCAGGGUUUGAUCUUUUGGUACUAUCCACUACUGAUCUCUUGUCUCAAAAAAAGAUUUACCUUAGAGUAUUGUUGUCUUUUCACUUGUCGUAUUUAAGGGGUCUGCUUGCUCUUUUCACUGCCCUCAAGAAUGUAAAGCCUGCUCUGACUCUU